AUGGAUUCCAUGAACAAUGUGGUGUCGAUGCAUCCGCUGGAGGAUGGCACAAAAGAUAAAACUGUUAUUCUUCGCAAAAGACGAUUCCGAAGGCGACGUCGAGGACAUAUCGCGCAAUUCCAUUCGGAUGUGGUUGGGGUCACAUUUUUGGAAAUCUCUCAUGCCAAUGACCUACCACCUGAACGCAAUCUCACGCGGACGGGGUUUGACAUGGAUCCAUUUGUGGUGAUAUCGUAUGGCACUUCCAAUUUCCGAACCAGCGCCGUACGGCACAACCUCAAUCCCGUGUGGAACGAAAAACUGUAUUUCCAUGUGCAUCAUAAUGAGGUAGACUAUCGGCUGAAAUUGACGGUGUACGACAAAGAUCGCUUUUCAGGCAACGAUUUGGUGGCAUGGCAUGAAAUUCCUAUUAUGGAUAUCAUCAAACAAUCCCAAGCCCACCAAAAGAAGCGUCAAAGCACGGACGAGAUUCCCGACAACGCCAUUGAUCAAGAAAUGGAUCGUCACACGGUUCCCUUGACCAUGCUUCACAAAGACAAGUGGAAAGAUCGACACCCUACCUUGACCUUUCGAGCCAAGUUUAUGCCGUAUGAUGAAAUUCGCAGAAUGUUCUGGAUAGCUUUAGCGCGAACGUACGACGUGGAUGGAAGCGGGACACUGAGCCGGUUGGAAGUGCAGUCAAUGCUGGAAACCAUCGGGUCCACUUUAUCCGAGACCACCAUCGAUAGCUUUUGGCGGCAGCAUGGCCAGGACCCGAAAAACGAAAACGACGAGUUACCCAUUGAAAAUUUGGUGUCGAGUUUGGAAGCACAUAUGCUCGCGGCCAACGAUCAUCCUGCCACAGCCCCCACAUCUCACACACGACGACCAACAGAUACCAAUGACAGCGCAUGCUUCAAGGAUACCCAGUUUUCCUCCAUCUUAUCCGACGUUGAAGAGAACGAUCAUGGUCCUGAAGACGACGAGGAAAGCGAUGAUGAUUUUCGUCAGGAUGAAGAAGAAGAAGAACAAGGCGAGGAAGACGAACAAGAUGAUGAUGACGACGCCGAGGAUAACAGUAGUGAUGACGAAGACGACGAAGAAACUGAUUGGCUCAAUGAGAAUAGCUGCGGCGACAGUCCAGAUGAUCAAGAAUUAUUCUGCUCUUCAGAUGAAGUGGAUGAUGUGGAUGCAGAUGACGAGCUUAUUUUGAACGAAGCUAAAGACGUACAAUACAACGGGCUAUUGCCCGUGUCCUUUGAUACCAUGGGGUUAUCCAUGUCCCCUACUGAUACCUUGAAGACGUGGCCUAUGCGCAAACCCUCUACUGCCAAACGAAAAUCGGCCACGGAAGAAAAAGUUAUUCGUAUUGCUGAAUGUCCUAUUUGCCACCGCCCUAAUCUGUCGCGACGGGCACAAAUGGAUAUUGUUACUCACGUCGCCACCUGUGCGGCCAACGAUUGGACUACGGUCGAUCGGUUCUUGAUGGGCAAUUUUCUCACUGAAGCGUAUGCUCAGCGAAGGUGGUUCGUCAAAUUGGUGAGCAAAGUAGGCUAUGGCAAAUAUUCACUAGGCACCAAUAAUGCCAAUAUCAUCAUCCAAGAUCGCCGCACGGGUCAGCUCAUUGAAGAGCGCAUGAGUGUAUAUAUUCGUCUCGGCAUGCGGCUUGUAUAUAAAGGUUUAAGAACUGGCAUUCAGUCGAAAACAGCCCAACGUAUUUUGACCAAUAUGACGGUGCGUCAAGGUCGUCGCUUUGAUGCCCCCAGUUCUGUAAGAGAAAUCCCGGCGUUCAUCAAAUUCCAUAAUAUUAGUAUGGACGAGGUGCUUGAACCUCUGGGAAACUUUAAAUCGUUCAACGAUUUCUUUUAUCGAAAACUGAAACCAGGAUCGCGUCCAUGUGAUUCCCCCAACGAUCCAUCGGUGGCGGUCAGUCCGGCCGAUUGUCGUAUGCUUGCUUUCCAAACCGUCAAUGAUGCCACACGACUUUGGAUCAAAGGCAUUGAGUUUAGUCUUGCUAAACUUUUGGACGAUCCAAUUGGGUCCAGAAACUUUGAAUGCGGCUCUUUGGCUAUCUUUCGUCUAGCACCGCAGGACUAUCAUCGAUUCCAUGCACCAGUAGAUGGUACUAUUACUGAUAUCAAGGUAGUAUCCGGUCAAUAUUACACAGUCAAUCCAAUGGCCAUUCGAACAACUUUGGACGUAUUUGGGGACAAUGCGCGAACCGUCAUUUAUAUGGACACGGAUCGAUUUGGCAAGGUGGCGGUUGUGUGUAUCGGCGCGAUGCUGGUGGGUUCCAUUAUCAUGACAGUCAAGGUCGGGCAACAUGUGAACCGUACGGAUGAAAUGGGCUAUUUCGCUUUUGGCGGAAGCACCUUGGUGGUGAUCUGGGAACGCGACAAGAUCCUACUCGAUAAAGAUCUCACCAGUAAUUCUGAGAAAACCCUUGAAACGCUGGUAAGAACAAUCUGUUGA